GCUGCCAAAGCGUUUCAGUUAGAUCUUUAGAUUUCAACGAGAGUGAUCUUCUACUCUUGCUCCCUUCCUCUCGCUCUUUCUCUCUCCCUCUCGCCAACAAACAAAUCUUCGUGACUCGUUUUUGUUUUUUGUGAUAACAGCAUCAAUAAAACUGUUGUUGUUACGUAAAAAAAAAGAAAAAAAGAAUAACAGAAGAAAACAUAAAAUUAGAGAGACUUGUUAAAAUUUCCUGUACAAAAUGGAAGUGCCGCCACCUUUAGUCCUCAAGCGUCCUCUGUUUGUGCCCAGCAAGACGUUGAUGGGUCCAGGACCCUCCAACUGCUCCCAGCGUGUGCUCGAAGCGAUGAGCAAUCCAGUUCUCGGACACAUGCAUCCCGAGUGCCUUCAGAUCAUGGACGAGGUAAAGGAAGGCAUCAAGUACAUAUUCCAGACACUUAACGAUGCCACAAUGUGCAUCAGCGGCGCCGGUCACAGCGGCAUGGAGGCCGCACUCUGCAAUCUCAUCGAGGACAACGAUGUCGUGCUGAUGGGCAUCUCGGGCGUUUGGGGUCAUCGUGCCGCCGAUAUGGCGCGUCGCUAUGGCGCCGAUGUGCGCUACGUGGAGGCGAGUUUCGGUCGCGCUCUGACGCUGGACGAGAUACGCGCCGCCUUCGAAACGCACAAUCCGCGCGUCUUCUUCAUUGCCCAGGGCGACUCAUCGACCGGCAUUCUGCAGCGACACAUUCCCGAGAUUGGCGAGCUGUGCAGGCAGUACGAUUGCUUCCUUGUUGUGGAUACGGUUGCAUCGCUGGGUGGCACCGAUUUCCUCAUGGACGAGUGGAAGGUGGAUGUGGCAUACACCGGCUCACAGAAGUCCCUAGGUGGUCCAGCGGGCUUGACGCCCAUCUCGUUCAGCAAACGCGCCUUGUCCCACAUCAAACAGCGCAAGACGAAGCCCAAAGUGUACUACUUUGACAUACUGCUCAUUGGGCAGUAUUGGGGUUGCUAUGGCACGCCAAGGAUCUAUCAUCACACCAUCUCGUCGACGCUGUUGUUUGGCCUGCGUGAGGCACUUUCCAACUUCUGCGCCAUGGGAUUGAAGAAUGUGGUGCAGCGUCAUCGAGAGUGCUCGGCUCGCCUGCAACUAGGCAUCGAGGAAUUGGGCCUAGAGUUGUUUGUGCAACAGGAGAAGGAUCGGUUGCCCACGGUGAACACCAUCAAAGUGCCCUUUGGCGUCGACUGGAAGAAGGUCGCCGACUAUGCCAUGCGCAAAUACAAUCUGGAAAUCAGUGGCGGCCUUGGACCCACAGUGGGACACGUCUUCCGCAUUGGCCUGAUGGGUGAGAACGCCACAUUGGAAAAGGUGGACAUGGUGCUCAGCAUUUUGAACGAAGCCAUUCAGAGUAUCAAGCUGCGCGCCGUGGAACGCUCCAAAAUAUAAUUACACUUAGUACAUACAUACGAUUCUUCUUGUUACAAUUGCAUUUACAACAAUAAAAUCUUUUAUAAUUGAAAA